AUGCAACCAUUGACAAGACUCAUCCCUAGGUUCGCAAUCGACUCAGGUUCAGCCUCAAUAUCAAGAACCCUACGAAUCUCUCCUCGACCUUCAGUCAAAUCAUCAAUCUGUCUACAAUAUAGAAUAUAUUCCCCCAGUCUGCGGCGGCACUUUGCAGACGACCAAAGACCUAUUAUAGAAAUCCCUCCUCAUCUUCGACCCAAGGUUACAGUUGCACCCCCCGAAGAACCUCAACCACCACCCGAAGAGAUACCUACUCCCAGCCCAGAGCUCAAUGAACAAGAUGCCUUACCCUCUCCCAAACAUAAGAAAGAAGGGGAGCUUCCUUCCGCCCUUGAAAGCCGACGUCUCGCUGCCACGAAGAAACUCUCUCAUCUAAUGGACCAUAUGCAAGGCAACAUAUUUAUAGCAUCUCAACGCAUCAAUGACCUUACAGGCUACUCGGGAAUUGAAGCCCUCAAGACCAAAAUCACUGAUCUCGAAACACAAGUUUCCAAUUCCAAAGAAUCAGUCCGAAGUACCCGACUACACUAUAAAACCACCGUCGCAGAUCGUGCUUCUUCUCAACGUGAGGUUACAACUUUACUAGCAAGGAAAGAUACAUGGUCGGCUGCCGACCUCGAACGUUUCACACAUCUAUAUCGUAUGGACCAUACAAAUGAGCAGGCAGUUCAGGAAGCAGCUACGCGACUCGCGGACGCGGAACGUGAAGCAGAGAAAGCUGCAGGGGAAUUGAGUAGUAGUAUAUUAUCACGAUACCACGAGGAACAGAUUUGGAGUGACAAAAUCCGGAGAAUGAGUACAUGGGGGACAUGGGGAUUGAUGGGGGUGAAUGUCCUAUUAUUUUUGGUAUUUCAAUUUGGAUUUGAACCAUGGAGAAGAAGGAGAUUGGUCGCAGGGUUUGAGGAGAAAGUGAGAGAGGCAUUAGACAACCAGAAAACUUUGACCAUGUCCACAGCUAUUCGAGGUGCGGAAAUCGGUGGAGGAGAGGGAUCAGAAGUCAGCUUGGAUGAGAUUGUUGCCACUAGCAUACAGGAAUUAGAGGAGGAAGUCGCAGAUGAAACCCUGGACGAACUCGCGGUGGAAGCAGCGGCAGCUGCAAUUGAAGGCGAAACACCACAUCACGAAUCAAAUAACGAACCAGCCCAAGAAAUUGGCGAAGCAGCGGCAGCAAUGGAGACUGUAGAAAUGCACAUACCAUACGAAAAGCCCGCAUUCGAUUAUCGAAACAUAGAAUCCUGGAAAGAAAGAAUGGAAGCCGGGAAAGCCGCAACAAUAGACUUAUGGAGUACACGACAGAUAUCGAUACCAAAAAAGGAGAUAACGAUCAUAGCAUUAGAAAGUGCCACUUUUGGAGCCGUGGUAGUAGGAGCUAUCUUCACUCUUAUAAUACGACGUUCAUAG